ACGCUGUGAAAUAAAUCCUUUCUUUGUGUUUUUGUUAACGGCAUUAGCAGAAUUAGUUUCUACAACCAAGUGCCAUAGUUUGCUAAAAAUCAUUGUUUUCUGAUGAAGUUCAUAAAAGCAUAAAGUUCUUCGUGUGGCAAAUAAUACAAGAUGACUACGGAAAAGGAUAAACAUGUUUCUGUGACGCACUUCAUUAAUCCGCAACUAUUUUGGUUUCACGAGAUUUGUGUGCCAAAUCCGGCUUAUCACGAAAUUAAAGAGCUGGAAGAGCAGCUUGAACAAUAUUAUAAAACACAUCAACCAUGGACGCAAGCGAUACGUAAGCCUACAGUUGAUAUGCUGGUGGCUGUAAAAUUCCUAUCCUGGCACAAAAUGAUAAGAGCACGUGUUGCACAUAUUGCGAAUUUCAGUAAAAAUACGCAAGGUGGUGAAUAUAUUAUGUGGGCCAUUGAUUAUGGAUUUCCAUUUCAAACAAAAUCUGAACAAAUAUUUCGUUUGCCUGAUAAGUUAUCAUGUCCAGUGGCGCAUAUACAACGUGGUGGUUUGGCAUACUUAACACCAGCCGAAACGGACUUUGAUUUUCGUAUGAGUAGCGCCGUGACAAAUGCCAAAGAGAAUUGGUGUCAACGUGCAUGUGAAUUGGUGGACAAAUUAUUGAACGAAUCAGAAUCGGUUGUAUUUGUUGAGAAGUUUCAGCACGACGCACAUUUUUGGGGCGAUCUAAUAGUGACCACGCAUUUGGGCUAUAAAUGUAAUGUGCGUGAUUAUUUAAUUAGUAUAAGUCUGGCUUUAGAUGCCGGUCCGAGUUUUCGUGAAACAUGUGCAAAUUUGAAAGCCACCAAAAUUUUGCCAUGGAUGACAAAUAGUGGUAACAGUAAAUUUAGUGCAAAUAAAGGAUUUUUGUGCGAAGGUAUCGGACGCGAUGGUAAAAAGCUGCAACAAUCAAUUAACACUGAAUUGGAUGAUUAUGCAAAGAAAAAAGUAGAAGAUUGGUGUGCAAGAAAUGAGAUAGCUAAUCUUCAAGAAGCCGCAGAUUUCGAAGAGGACAUAUUGCUGGACAGCGUCAAAUUCGACGAUUCAGUAUCGAACAAAGAUUUUGAAGUACGCACUCUAAACAGUGUUGAGACUGUGGAAAUCACUAAAGAAAACGCUGUUGAAUGCGAAAAACUACUGAGUGACGACGAAUCUGCCAAUUCCAUACAUAAUUGUGAAAUAACUGAACAGAAACUCGGCAAGGCUGGUACAUUGACAAAAUCACUAGAGCUAAAGUAUAGUAAACAACAAUUGCCGCCAGAACCGAAAAGUAUUGAUUUUGAUGUAUCCGUUGAUUCCGAAAAGGAAUCUUUGAAAGAAAAUGUGCCGCAUGGAAAAGAAAAGCUGCUCAGUGGUGUGGAAUCGUUAGCUUCCACGAGAAGCGCAGUUUCGAGGAAACAAAAGUUGCUCGAAAAACGUAAACAGAUAAGCAACAAACAAACUGAUGAAUCUAUUAUAACCGACAAGCUGCAAGAGUUAUCACUAAAACCUGAAAUUAACAAGAAGAAUAAUAACCUUAUAGAACUAACGUCCAACGCAAGCACUACGGUGGAGUCUGAUAUUGAAAAGCCUAUGCGCAAAACUAUUACUGAGAGUAGCGAAACCAGCGUGGUUUCAACAAAUGUAACCAGUACUCGCGCAAAACGCCAUCUACUCAAUCGCCAACGCGCAUCGAUGAAGCAGGAAGAAACCACCACUGACAGCACAUCUACCAAUGAACUUACACCACAACCAACAACCGCCUCCUCCAAACGUAUGGAAUACUUACGAAAGCAACGUUUAGAGAAGCUUAAACCGGAAAAGCAUGAAGAACCCAAACAAGAGGGUGCUGCAGAAGAACCCAUUGGCAAAACUCAAGACGAAGCACAAUCGAGUGAGGUGGUUGAAAAGAGCGCAGCGCCGAUUGCUCCCGCUAAGUCCAGCGCGCAUUUUGGUCGUUUGUUAAACUUGCGCAAAAAGGUUAAGGAUGUAAAGCCAGAGUCAUAUUUCGAAUUAACGCAACCCCGUUUACGACCUGCUACUGAGGCUUUAAAACAAAGCACCACUUUCCAUGGUUUACGCAUGAUACCGGCCGGUUUUGAUAUAACCAAUUUAAAUCAUUAUAAAGACGAGAAAAACCAUUGGCAUCGCAAGGCAACUACGCGCUUUGAUCAUGUGCCACACGACCUAGAUGUGGCAGCAAUGGAAAAGAAAGAGACGCAACAACACAAGAAUGCUGAUAGUGCUGGAGCCAAAGCAGUUGAAACUGCAGCAAAGCAUGCUAAUAUAUUAGAUACCACAGUGCCAGAGUUAAGCGAAGACCCCAUUGAUUUUAGCAUAAUUUCGGAGGCCAAAAGCAAGGAGUCUACUACGCCGGAGGAGCUGUCAGCCUACAGCAGUAGCAACUCACCGGCGCCAAAAAGGUAUGGACGCUAUCGCUCGUUGAAAUCGCCCGCUACGCAAAUGAAUAAAAUCGACGAAAUACUACGUUCCGCCUAUAAUGAAAAAGCCGGCGGUAAUAGUGACAUACUAGACCUAGACAAUCUAAAUUCUAGCGCCUGCAAGGAUGACUCGGACAACACGGAUCUAUAUUCUGCCGACGAUACAAACGGCACCACUACAACCGACAACGAAGAUAUUGAAUUGGAACAUAAUUCUACAUCCAAUAAACGUUCACUUAUCAGAAAUCGCCUGCUGAAUAAGUUAGCAGCACAACAGGAACAUUUGAAAAAGAUCGAGGACAAAUUAACCAACGAAUUGAAUACACCAAAACCCGAAACAUUUCGUAUACACUUGCCAGAAGUGAAGGAGCUGCGCGUUGUAGAGGGUGAACACAAGUUGAAAACCAAAUUUAUUGAUCACUUGGUGUUGGCGCAUUCGAAUGUACCGCUUACGGCCCUCACAAGCAUAACGGAGGCAUUCUUUUUGAAGGAAAUACACGAUGAAAUGGAAAAUAUGCGCGUGACAAAGCUAUAUCGCAUACAAGCUUACGCCUGGCCACACUUGCUACGCGGUAAUUCAAUGUUCGUCGUAAACCCACACAAAUCGGGCAAAACAUGGAGUUAUUUGCCGGCCAUUUGUAGUCUCGUUGCUUAUCGCAUACAAAGUUGUCGCAUUGCCGAGACUUUCGGACCGGUCGCCAUCAUACUGCUACCGACCUCCGCACAUGUCGAAGUUGUGCAUAAUUAUUGCAAACGUUUAUUGUUAGGCGUGCGUCCGGCAGUGACCACGGUUGCUUCGUAUGGUGUACGGAAUGCGAAUGAUGCUAAAAUACAAUUGCUCAAUAGUUGUGGCAUACUGGUGGCAACGCCGGCUAGUUUGCUGCGUUUGUUGCGUGAUAAUGAGAAGGAGCCGUUGCUUGAUAUGGAGCGGUUGAAGCAUUUGGUCAUCGAUGAUUUAGAUUUAAUGCUCUCUCGUUCGCAGAACGAUAUCGAAUUGGUAUUGAAGACCUUAUUUAAACUAUCCAAACGCAGUAAGGACACUGCACUGCCCUGGCAACUGAUAGUUACAUCACGCGAUUGGGACUCCCUGCUUGUGGCGCUUAUGCGUAAGUCAAAUCAACCACUACUUUUGAUUGGUGAUUUUCUCGAAGCUGCCGUUUAUGGCAGAGUCAUGAUAUCGAUCAAGCUCUGCCCGAGCGAGCGCAAGAUAACCACAAUUCUGGAAUUCAUCGAACAGUAUUCGCUCGAAAACGAACGCAUACUGGUGCUGUGCAACAGCGAUGAUGAUGUCUAUGAGGUUGUGGACGGGUUAACCACUUCGGCGCAUGUCUGCAUUGCCUACGACAAUCACGCGUCAGCCGAUGUGCGCACAAUUAUCGAGGAGUGGCGCAAGAAGAAGGUUAUGUCAUCACGCAUACUAGUGUGCGCCGACUCUUCCUUUCCGGAGCUGCAAAUACAGAAUGUCUCACAUGUCAUACACUAUUCAAUGCCCACAUCUUGGACUAAAUUCACAGCGCGUUUUUCUGCUUUAGCUCAGACCUAUGACAACUAUGUGAGCACAAAUUUCGAAAUUCCCACUGGCUUGGACCGCCCCACCGCGCGCUCACUAAUACUGCUUGAUGAGGAGAACAGCAUACAAUUACCGCGUUUAAUGGAUUUUAUGAAAAAGCACGAUCAAUUGAAAUUUAUACACGCCGACAUUUUAGCUGUAUCCAAGCGCGUUUUGGUCGAACGCGAGGAAGCGCGCAUAUUACAAGGCACACGCAUGUGUCCUUUUGUCUUGGAGUUCGGGGAAUGUGAUGAACCGCGUUGUGAAUUUCGACAUAACCUCACACGUUUCGAUGCGGUUGCCAAAAAGGAUAAAAUACCGACCGACGGCGAUAUGCGCAUACUCAUACUGAAGGUCUUUUCACCCACCCACUACGCUGCACGUCUACUACAACAACGUACAACCAACUCUAAUAAAUGGCAGGAUAUCCGACGCUCGCCGGAAGUCUGCAAUUUUAGCAUGCAGUUGAAUUUGCAUUAUAUGAAGCAGGAAAAUUGGAAUCUGCUCUGGCCGCUACACAUCGGUGAUUUGUGCAUCUACAAAUACGCCGAGACAUAUCAACGCGCGCGUAUACUUGAGUUGCCUGAUGUACCAAACACUGCUAUUAUUAAGGUGAUAAAGCUUACGCUCAAGCUGAUCGAUGAAGGCAGCAUUAUAUCGAGCGUUAAAUCGGAUGAACUCUACGUAUGUGCUGACAAAUUCAAAGAUUUUCCUGCGCAAGCCAUAAAUAUACGUCUAACGGGAGUCGUGCCGUUCGACAACGAACGUACCUGGGAUACCAAGGCCACUAAAACGGUGCAGAAAUGGAUUAUGACCGAUAUAAAGCAGAAUGAAUGUGUGCAUGUGAGCAUUAACUUCACGUUAAUCGAUACCAUUUGGGUGAACAAUGUGAUAGUGAUGGAGCAACUCGAACAAGUGGGCCAAUAUGUGUACCGUGUGAACUUGAAACGCUCAUUGAUGGAGAAAAAUAUAGCCGAUGUGGGUGAUAGUAAGAAACAGGGUAUACGCGAAAUAGCUGAGGAGUUGGGAUUGCUUGCGUAUGACGACGAAUCGGACAUGCUCAGUGACUCUGAGGGUGAAUUUAAAAGCUUCAGUGAGAAUGACACAAGUAAUCUUAUGAUAUUUUCCUCGAACGAUAACACCGCCGAAAGUGAGAAGCUGCAGCAGGUGGAAAGGCAUGCAACAGAAACUCAAGAAGUGGCGGAAUCAAAUUCGCUAAUAAAAUUCGAUGACGACAAUGACAAUGUGGAAGAUUGGGAUGCUCAGUUGAAUGAUAAUGCUAAUAACGCUAAAGAGAUUUAUUUACCACUACAAGCAACAAUUAAGAUCGAAACAGACGAAGCCUCCACAAUAACAACACAGGAGACAAAAACGGACGACAAAAUUAUUUCAACGGACAUACCAACCUCUACAAACGGCAAGGAAGCUUGGCUGGAAUUGCCUUUAGAGCAAAUUGUAAAAGUGGAAAUUGGUAGCGAGGACGAAAAUGGCAAUUGGAGCGAUAUUUACUUGCAACACAUCGAUAGCGAACUAUUGGAUAAAUUCGAUGAACUGCUACUGCUAAUUAAUAAACACAUUGCUAAAUUGAAACGCAACCCGGCAAUGCCAUUCCCCGCCUCAUGGUUCAAACCAAUGCAGAAUUGUAUAAUACAUUAUGAUGACCGUUAUUUACGCGCCAAAUUGUAUGGUAUUUUCAGCAAUAAGACAACAACUAAUGUAGCGCCAUCAACAAUUUACCGUUUCUUUUUGUGUGAUUACGCAUGUUUCGUAAUGGCUACAUCGGAUGAGUUGUACAAAGAUUUCCUAUAUCCCACCACCCAAGAAAUUGUGGAGUUCACGCCGUAUCAAGCCGUACACUGCCGGCUAGCUGGCAUACAUUUCAAUAAAUUCGCAAAAGGCUAUAAAGUCACCAAAGAUUAUCUUUUCGCUUAUGCUGUGAAAGCGAGCGGCUGUGCCUUAACGUCAGCUAUCGCCGAUUUCAAUAUAAAUUCUUAUGAAAUACUGUUGUAUGAAAAUGAAACGGAAGAAAAUUUGCAAACGAUAGAAUUGUUCAAUAAUAAAUUAAUAGAAAAUGGUGUUGCCACUGUGGAUGAGUCAGCCAAAGAUAUGCUGCAAAAGGAUGUAGCAGUGCCUAAGACACCUAAGGAUUUGUGUAAUUUUGAUGAACUGCUACAAUGCAUACAACGUUCCUUUGAGUUAGAAAUGUGUGAGUUAAAUGACGCGAGUACUAUAACGCCGCUACAGGCAAUUGAACCGCCUUUACAAGAGGCGACGGAAAGUGUUGACAAGCUUCCACCGAUCACAAAUAAACCGCUCGGUUAUAAAAAAUUAAAAUCAAGAUCCACACCGAACUCAAGUGGCAAUGAAGAAGAGCAAUUACUACCGUCCAGCAAAACAUCAAGCAGCAGCGAUAACAGUCGUGCACUCAACUUAACCUCGACCACCUUGGACACAACAUCUUCGUCCACAAACUCUUUACCGCCACCACCUGCUCUACAGGCGAAACACAAACGUCCACAACUCUCCUGGUACGAUACAGACUGUUUCAUUUAUCUCGUUAUACAUGCGCCCGAUGUUGCUGACUAUUAUCUCGAAGUUACAGUAGAUACAUUGAUAUUCGCUGCCAAUAUACAAGAUGUGCCACAUGCGUUAGUGCUCAAUUUGCUUGGUAUAGUUGAGCCUUCUCUAGUUUCACAUGAAAUACGCGGUCUAAAUGUGCUUGUGCGCUUGGUUAAGGGUGUUUUUAUGAAAUGGCCACGUUUGUUGCAACAAACUUUGCGUUAUCCUUGGCUCACGUACAACUUGAAUGCGUUAGAUUUGUCAGAAGUUGAGAAGUUGCUGCCGCAACAGCAAUUGGAAAUGAUACUACAAAAGACAGCAGCACUAAACCACAAUGACAGUUAUAGUAGCGAUGAGGAUUCUGAUGACGAGCGCAAUUUAUUCCAAACGUAUACGCCCAUAGUUAAUAGUGAGGACCUACACGAUCCUACUACGGAGCUGCUUUGAAAGCGGGUCUCUGUGAAUUUCAAGCCAUAUAAAUAUGGUUGCUUGUUUGUUGGCCUAGGAGUGACUUUAAUCGCGCUCAAAUGGCACACCGUGCACUUACCUAAAUUUUAAACAUU